ACGCGAUUCGUUUAUCAAAGUGACACACUUUUGACUGCAAUUGACAGUUAUGUACAAAUAUUUUCUUUAAAUUUGUAUAAACACCUUUGAAUUUCGUUUUAAAACAGAGAAUUUAUUAUCAAACAGUGUUUUAAAUGUAAAACAACUCAAAAUGCCAGCUUCUAUAGGCGUUAAUCUUCGAGUCACGGGAAACUGUCGACAAGGAGGGCGAAAAUACAUGGAAGAUUUUUUCUCAGUUGCAUAUCAACAAACUGAAGACGAAAAAGAUUUAGAAUACGCCUUUUUCGGUAUUUUCGAUGGACACGGGGGUGCCGAAGCGGCAGCUUUCGCUAAGGAACAUCUUAUGGAAACCAUAAUAAAGCACAAGAACUUCUGGAGUGAUAACGAUGAAGAUGUCUUACGAGCUAUCAAAGAUGGGUAUAUAGCUACGCAUUAUGCUAUGUGGAGAGAGCAACCAAAAUGGCCAAAAACUAGUUCUGGAUUACCUAGUACUGCCGGAACAACAGCUUCAGUAGCUUUUAUACGAAGGGGGAAGAUUUAUAUAGGUCAUGUUGGUGAUUCUGGUAUAGUUUUAGGUUAUCAAGAAGCUGGAAGCUCUGAAUGGAAAGCAAAAGCCUUGACACAAGAUCAUAAACCGGAAACUCCAGAGGAAAAUGCCAGGAUUUUAAGUUGUGGAGGGAAGGUUGUGGCAAAGACAGGUGUACCUAGAGUAGUAUGGAAUAGACCAAGAAUUGGCCAUCAAGGACCAGUUAGACGCUCAACGCCCAUCGAUGCAAUACCAUUUUUAGCUGUAGCAAGAAGUUUAGGAGACUUAUGGUCAUACAACUCCCAACUUAAUCAAUUUAUUGUAUCUCCUUAUCCAGAUUGUUCAGUUUUGCCAAUAGAUGCUAACGUACAUCGAUGUCUGAUCUUUGGAACUGAUGGUUUGUAUAACAUGUUAAGUCCAGCCAUGGCUGUCCAUAUAGUGCAACAGGCUGAGAGGCAUAACGAAUCUGCUGCUUUGGGCGAUAGUGUAAAUAAAGUGUGGCUGAAUCCUAGUAAACUUUUGGUGCAAAGAGCGUUAGAAAGGUGGGCGACUACAAAAUUGAGGGCUGAUAAUACGUCAGUUGUGACGUUGAUGUUGGAUCCUCCAGGACCGCCGAGGGCGCAAGUGUUGAAAGACAGAAAGAAAAAUCUACCGGAAAGCGGAUUAAAGAUAAUGACAAGAUAUGACGAGGCUGCCAAAAGUGUUCAAACAACGGAAACUAUACAAGAAACUGUGACAGAUGGAAAUAAACUUGUUGUACCUAUAGAAACCAGUACAAAGGAACAAAAUACCGAGGAAAAAAUAGAAGAAAAUUGUGAUAAAACCAUUUUGGACGAACCAAACAGCAAUAUUUCGAUCUCUUCCAGCGAUGUUACGAGUAAUUCCCCCCUUAAAGAACCAAAUUUCGUUCCAAAAUUACGAGAAAGUACCAGUUUCGAUCCUAGAGACCCUGAGCUUGUUGAAAACAUCGAAAAAGGAACCAGCGAAAAGAAAGUUGAGGAUAAUACAAUUCAAAUAAAUGAAAUUUCUAGUAGUAAUAUUGAAGAAAGUAUAGUGGAAGAAGAUAAAAUUGCGAAUGAAAACAAUAAUACGGAAGUACAAAGCCAGAAAGAGAAGAAAGCUUUAAGAAGGAAAAUGGAGGCUGAAGAAAACGUACCGAGAAAAAGCCUGAGACUUAGUUUAAAUCAAAAAUUUUUAGAGGAAAUGCGAAAACCAGCGCCCUGUACUUUGGCCGAAGAAAAACUGAAAAAAAUUGCCGAAGAAGCUGAAAAAAUAAAAAUACAAAAAGAAAAAGAAAACGAAGAAAAAACUGAGAAAAAAUCGAGUAAAAAAAUGACAAUUACCGAAAAAUUUCUUAGAGGAAACAGGACGAAUUUCAAGAGAAAAAAAGCGGUUAAAGAGGCUUUAAAUAAGAAGAAAAUCAAGCUGGCUUUGGACGCAGUUCUUUUGAAAACUACCCGAAGAAAAAAUAGUAUAAAACCUAGAGAGGAAAAUAAAGAAACAAAAAAAGUCGGUCAAAAGAGUGAGACUAAAGCAACUGGUGGGUUCAGUGGGAAAGUUAAGAAAUUUAACAAAAAAAUGGUGCCAGGUAAAAAAAACGUUUCUUCUGCUAAAGCCUUAAAAUUUGUGAUAGAGAACAAUAUUAAAAAGCCAAUAGAUAAGAAACUACAGAAAGUAAACGAUAAUGUAAAGCAGGUGCAAAAGGAAUUACUGAUCAGAUGUAAAAGGGAUAUGAAUCUUCCAAAAACGAAGCCACAGAUUAAGAGAGAAAUGAGGAGUACGGCGGCUUCUGAAGCUCCUUUUAGGAGGUCCUUGCGGGGCGCUGAUGUGAAGGAAUUAAAUGCCAAAGAAAAUAUAACUCCCAAAGGUGCAAAAGUAACAAGUAACAAAAAAAUUCUUCAGGAAGAAUCUUCUAGGAAAAAUACGCUAAGACAAAGGAUUCAAAAUAAAACUAAAGUUCUAAAAAAAACUGUUUUAAGAAAGUGAAAUAGGCAAAAUUAACAGAGUUUUAUUAUUAUUUAACUGAAGGAUAAGUUAUUUUAAGGGAAUAAUUUUCAUUAUUUACAUUAUUUUUGGUAAAUAUGUAUUUAUGUUUAUGAUUGUUCCCACAUUGUUCUUAUUGAAGGUAUAUUUAUUACUGUUAUAUUUAUAAUUAAGAUUCGUUCAGAAACAGCUCUGUUGCAUUAAUUGAUGAAAAAAUAUUGUUAACCUGUAUAAUCUUUUUAUAUACAUACUGUAUGUACUUUAAUUAAUGCGUAUUCCUUUUCAUAAUGUGUUUUGUUUAGUUUAUAUCAAAGAUUUUUAUUAUCUCAAACAAUUUAAGGUUUUUGGCAUGAUGUAUUGUUAGAUUUAUAUUAUAAAAACUUUCUUUACUGGAUUUUAAAAUAGUGACUGUCCCAGAUGCUGGUUUUCUAGUAAAUUUUGGUUCAAUGUUACAAAUAAGUACCUGCUUUCUAUAUUCUUUUUAAAGUUGGUUGUAUUAAAAGUUUUCUUUUACAUAUCUUGAUCAAAAAUGAAGAAAAAAUAACUAAAAAUGAGAAAUUUGUGCCUUUGUUACCAUGAUAGACAUAAUAUUUAAUGAAAAAUCGCAUAAAGAUACAAACUAUAUUUGUAAAAGGUUUAUUUUCUGAGAAAUAAAAGUUUCUAGU